AUGGCCAGCUCAGUGUCGCCCGGCGCGGCGCUGCUGCGCUCGUCGCGCCUGUUCGCCAUGCCAAAGGCCCAGCCCGAACUCAUGACGAACACCCUCGCCUCCGAGACCGCGACUCGCAAUGUGCCCCAAUACCAAGCCAUCACCUCACCACUGUCGUCCCGUGAAAAGGGUGACUGGGGACUCAAGCGCCCUCUUCCCCUGAAGCAGACUAUGGCCACGACGACGCCGCUCGUGAAGAUUAGGCAGUUCGACUCGAUUGAGAAGAUUACCGACUACGGCUCGGCAGCAGACCACGUCAUGAGUCUCGAGAAGUUUGGCGAAAUGAGGGUCGCAAUGACGGUACCGGUGCCCCAAUCGAGGAACAUUGGCGCAUUCGCUUCGGUGGAGCACGAUCCCUUGAGGUCGGUCUUUGAGGAGGACCUCGACAUUCUCACCAACGAUCGCAGUAAGGAAGCUGUGGCGAAGAGGUGGAAGUUCAACGGCCCUUGGCUGGCCAUGCUUAGCGAGGGAGAGUUCAAGAAGUUUAUGCGGAAGCAAGUCCAGCCUCGGAGAUCGGAAUUCCGCACGUAUUUGAGGGAAGUGCUCGCCCAGAAGAUGACGAACGAGGCGCGCCACAAAGCCAGGGAGGACGGCUCAACUGCUGUGACCACUACCACGGCCAAGGACGUCACGGACGCCGAGUACGACCACUUUGUCAGGACGCUGCGUGACUCGAGAGCCGAGCUGUACGGCUACGUGUCCGAUUUCCUCGACCUGCCACCUGUCACGCAGGUUGGCGUUGCCGAUGCCAUAUACGCCAAGGCUAACUCCGAGUUCAGUCCCUAUGGGAUGAAUGGGCCUCCCCCGAGCCACCCUUCUGCCGGUAUUGGCUAUCUUCGUACAACAGCCUUUAUGGAGAACCAUCCUGUCUACGGACCUCAGGAGCAGAAGACACCCACUCUGGCCCGCAUUAUCCGCCCCAGGCACAAGAACGCGCAAGCCAACAUUGGUGUGGGCGGUUUCAUUGCAGAGAUACCCGCUGGGUCGAACGAGUUUACGAAGCGUAUGCUGGGCGGGCGGUACGGAAGCGCCCACCACACGAUCAAGGGCGUCCAGCAACUGGACCUGGACACUUACGGUGGUGCCAAGGCGUACGUCGAACCGUCCAAGGCUGUCGUCAACUCACGCGGAUCCGUCGUCAUCUCAACGAACGUGGCCAAGGAGGAUGCGAAGCUCAUUGCGGAUGAGAAGAAGGGCUUCAGGUCGAUAUACAACAACAAGGAGAUCAGGCGCACCAAGGCGGCUGCUGCCGAGGAGAAGGAGAGGGAGCGUGCUGCACAGCUCGAGGAGGCAAAGCGCCCCGAGACAGACAUCCUAGGCAGCUCGGAGACGUACGGCCUGAGCUAG